GGGGAAGCUGAAGGCCUUCCAGGGAAGGGCCUCCUCCUGUAACUGGAGGGACCAUGGCAGUGAAUAGGGGAGUAGAGACCUUCUUAUCUGUCUUCCUGCUGUGCUGCUGGCAAGGCACUGAGCUGCAGCCAAUCAAGACAACUUCAGGUCCAAUUACUGAAGGCUCACUCAACUCAACAACGGAAAACAUACCCGAAGCAUUAGAUGAAAUUCUAGCCCAAGAGAUUUUGGAGCCCAAAACAUCAGCAGUGUCUGCAAUAUCGCCACGACCAAGAUCAUCAAUACCGACAACAGUACAAACCAAAGAAAUAAAUUCUGGAAUUGAUGAAAACUACCAAGAGGACGCCUUUGAGAACUACCACGAGGUCCUGGAGAAUAUAGAACACUUGUCUACAAAGGAGAAAAGUGGCAAAAAUGACAGAAGCACGGUUGCGAACCUUCAUGACCACAGCUCUCAGACUAAGCAUGGGCCACCCUUGUCUCCUGAAGGAAAGGAGAGUUCAAACAAUGAUGUCUAUGGGAAACUAACUGUUCUGGACAAAAUCCUUGAAAACAUAGGACAAUCUGAAGGUGGCCUGGAGCUAACAGAAAGCAUCUUUUAGGAGGAGAAGAAGAGGAGGACCAAGCCCAGGAGGACAGCGUGGCACAGGCGCGGCUGAGCCACCGGAGAGCUCCACGCCACCCAUCUUAGGGAACGCACCCACGCACUGUUACCCGUUCUUAAAAAGAAAGUUGCUUUUUCC